AUGAGCACCACCCAGCAGUGUGCACCUGUGGCAAACAAGGCUAAGAGCACCCCGGGCAGCAUUAGACAAAGUAGUGCCAGCUACAGAAGGUUAACUGACAGGGUUAACCUUCCCCCCUUUGCAGCACUGGAGAGACGUAACACAGAUCCAGGGAAGGAAAAAGCCCCGGGAGCGCUAAUCCGGAACUCCCAGGGUGAGCGGGACCCCCCAGCUGCGCUGCGCUCCCCGCGAGGGCGGGGGACGCGGGCACGGCGCGGACAAAGCCCCCUGGCGGCAGCGCCUGCCCGGCCGCGGGACGCAGGCCCCUCUGGAAAGCAUUCCUGCCUUAUCACCGAGCAGGAAUGCACCACGGGCUCGCUCGCACGGCUACGUCAUGGCCACAAACGGGGCUGUUUUCAGUUCGCCCGACGCAACCGGGCCAGCAGCACUCCGCGAGGGGUGUUUGCCUUCCAAAGUGCCACUCUCUCGGAGAAGAGAGCCGUGACCAGCUGGCAGCCUCGUACAGCAGGCUCAGACCCUCCCAUUGCUCAGGCCUUCAUCACCUGUCUGGGACCAGGCACCCCGCUCCCUGCCCUUCCCGCCUGCCCUCCGUGGCGCGGCGGGGCCGAGGGGGCCGGGCGGGGGGCACGGGGCCGGUGCCCGCUCCCCACGCGGCCCCAACCCUCCGAACUGGUUACAGCCAGCGGCCGCCGCGCCGGCUCGCCGGGCUGCAGCCGCCUCCUCCCCCCGCUCCCCUUCCGCCUGCCGGGCCGGCCGCCCCGCUCCAGGCCGGGCCGGCUCCCACGGGACCGCAUUCCUCCCCUCACCUCGCGCGGUCGGGAUCCGGCUCCUCGGCGGCGGCGGGAGCGGCAGCAUUCCCGGGACGCUCUCUCCACGCCGGCGCCCCCGGCGGCUUCUCCUCCCCGCGGGGCUCUCUCCGCUCUCCGGCCCUCAGCUCCCGAGCGCUCCCGGCCGCCGCAGCCCCGUCCCGCCUCUCCGCUCUCUCCCCGGCGCUCACAGCUUCCCUCCCCUCCCCCCUCCCUCCCGCCGCCGCGGCUCAGCGCGCGCCCGCCCGGCCAGCUGCGCGUGCGCGGGAAAGAGCCUCUUCCUGCUGUCGCUGGAUUCCCUGGGAAGCCUGGGAGGGCGCGCGCGGCCGGCACCCAGCUGCGCGCGCACGCGCGCCGCCCCGCCUCCCCCCUCCCUCCUCCCUGGCCCGUGCGGGGGCGCGCGCGGCGCGCGCCUGCUCGUGCCCUGGUGGCCGCGCGGGUAUCGCGGGGAGACGCGAGUCUCGGGGACCGCGGUUCGAGUCCCGCCUCGGACAGCGGCGCAGGCCGGGACGCCGCCGCGCCCCAGCGUGAGAGCGGCUCCGAGGUGUGCAGGCGGCCGCGGGCUCGAUCCCGGGCCACCGGCUCUCUCGGGUGUCGGCCAGCCUGA